AUGGCGAAUAUAUUCGACGUGCGGUGGUCCUCGAACCUCCUCGCCAAUGUGACCUCGAAAACAACGAAUAGCAACCUCCAUGGCGAUAGGAUUCUGCUGCCCCAGUCCGCACUGGAGGCCAUAAUGGCCGCUCCCCGAUCCGACGAUGGCUUGUCUUCUUACGAUGGCCUGCGCCUACCCUUUCCGCUCAUGUUCCGGCUACAAAAUAAGUCCAAUGGCCGCGUGGUAUACUCUGGCGUGAGGGAAUUUAUCGGCGAAGAGGACCACAUAGGGUUGACGCCUUACCUCGAGAAGGCGCUUGGAAUAGAGGCGGAAGAUAAGAAUGUCGAAAUUUCGGUAUCGGCAAAACAGGUACCUAAGGGAACGUACAUCCGAUUACGACCGCUUGAGGCGGGCUAUAACCCUGAAGACUGGCGGCCGAUCCUCGAGCGGGAACUACGAAAGAACUUUACGACAUUGACGAACAAUACGGAACUGCAUAUUAGAGGUGUUGGGGGCUAUGAGUACAAGUUUCUCUUGGACAAGGUCGAGCCGGAAGGCGAUGCGAUCUGUGUCGUCGAUACGGAUGUUGAGGUGGACAUUGAAGCCCUAGAUGAGGAGCAAGCGCGAGAAACGCUAAGGAUAAUAGCUGCGAAGGCGAGUAAUAGGCCCACGGGAAACUCGACCGGUGGCGAGAUCAGUAUCUGGAAUGACGUUGAGGGACACAUCGUACCCGAUUCGUAUAUCGACUACCAAUUACCCUCCUGGGACCGGACACAACCACUCACUGUCGAGCUGUCAGGAUUCGGAGAGGAGGAUGGUUUAGACCUUUUUGCGAUUCCGAGUUCGACAAGGUACAGGGCCUUGCCACGACAAGACGAACACGUUUGGGGAAACUUCACGACCAAGUCUGAUGGGCACAAGUCGAUUGAGAUACCGCCGGACCAUCCCGCGCUCGAGACUGCCGAGAAGCUGCUCAUCUCAGUCUAUUCGUACAUACCGGUCGCAUCAUCUGGGAAGGCGCCAGAGCCCAAGCCGCAAGGAUUCGUUCUACGCGCCCGGGUAGGGCACGCUACCGAGUCCCAAGACACGCUAAUGGAUGACGCCCAUGUGCCAGAGAACCAAAAGAAGUGUCCGAAUUGCGGACAGUGGGUACCGAAACCGUCUUUUUUCCUGCAUGAGAGUUUUUGCUUGCGCAACAACACCACAUGUAAAGAAUGUGGACGGGUAUUCAAGAAGGGAUCCGAAGAGCUUGCGAACCACUGGCACUGCGUGCACAAGAACGCCUGCGACUUGUUCCCCGACAACUAUGGGAACACCGAACUUGGACGUGAGAGGCACCGUAUCGCAUACCACUCGGAGCACCACUGCCCCUCGUGCGAUUUUACCACCUGCGACCUACCCGAACUGGCCAAACAUCGAACCACCUACUGCCCAGGCAGGCUUAUCCUCUGCCAGUUCUGCCAUCUCGAGGUCCCCCAGGGGGGUGACGGCACGCCCACGCCGGAAAUGAAACUUACAGGGCUCACACCCCACGAACUAGAGGAUGGCUCGAGGACGACCCAAUGCGACAUCUGCGGCAGGAUCCUCCGGCUCAGGGAACUAGAAGCGCACAUGAUGAACCACAAACUAGCCAGGGCGUCGCAACCGACUCCACGCCUAUGCCGCAACGUCAACUGCGGCCGCACGCUCUACGGCGUCGGCGCACGUGGCGCGCUCUUCUCCCGCUCAUCCACCACGACGUCCGAACACGAGGACAACGACCUGGGACUCUGCGGAGCGUGCUUCGCGCCUCUGUACUCGAGCGUCUACGACCCCGAAGGAAAAGCCAUGCGCCGACGCAUCGAGCGGCGCUACCUCCUCCAGCUCAACACGGGCUGCGGCAAGUCGUGGUGCGCCAACGAGUGGUGCAAGACGCACCGGGCCAACGCGGGGUUGGAGCCUCUGGGCGCCAGCAUGAAGGCCGCGCUGCCCCUUGUCAAGCCCCUGGUCGAGUCGGUGCCCGAUCCCGCCGCUCCGAUGUAUUUCUGCGUCGACGAGACGAGCGCGGUGAACAAGAUUGUCGCGACGGAGCUGGCUAGGGAGGGAAGGUAUGAGCUGGGAUGGUGCGUUGCGGCGUGCGAGGCGACAAAGGGGGAAAUGGGGAGGGCGAGGGAGUGGUUGGAGUUAUGGGCUAAUGCGAAGGCGUGA